AUGCCAACCAUUCCAGUUGACAAGGAGGAUCUUUAUAAAAUUUUAGGUAAAGAAUACACCACUGAGGAAUUUGAUGAAUUAUGUUUUCAGUUCGGUCUUGAAUUAGAUGAAGAUACUACUGAAGAAUGUAAAGACGACGAAAGACCACAGUUGAAGAUUGAGAUUCCUGCAAAUAGGUAUGAUAUGCUUUGCAUUGAAGGAAUCGCCCAGGCGCUUUGUGAAUUCUUGAAUAUCAGACAGACCCCAAAGUAUACAUUGAAUCCCAAAUUUCCAGAGGUAACAAUGACCAUUCAAAAAUCGACUGAGUCUAUUCGUCCUUACGCAGCUGCAGCAAUUUUAAGAAAUGUAGAAUUCGAUGAGAAAAAUUAUGAAUCGUUUAUCUCUUUGCAGGAUAAGUUACACUCUAAUUUAUGCCGUAACAGAACUUUAGUUGCUAUUGGUACUCAUGAUUUCGAUUUGUUGAAGCCACCUUUCACUUACGAAGCAUUGGCACCAUCUGAUAUUAAGUUCGCUCCUUUAAAUCAAGAAAAGCUGAUGGAUGGAAAUCAAUUAAUGGACUUUUAUGAUGGCGAUAAAAAUAUAGGUAAAUUUUUACAUAUUAUUAGAGAUUCACCCGUCUAUCCAGUUAUUUUUGAUUCAUCGAGAGUUGUCGCUUCGUUGCCACCGAUAAUCAAUUCAAACCAUUCAAAGAUUUCUUUAAACACAAAGAAUGUAUUCAUUGAGGUUACCGGUACUGAUAGAACUAAGACGGAAAUUGUAAUCAACCAGAUGGUUGCAAUGUUUUCUGUCUAUUGUAAGAAAGCAUUCGAAAUUGAACCAGUCAAGAUAAUUUCUGAACACAAUGGAGAAUCAAGAGUCACACCAAAUGUGGAACCAAGGAUCAUGCAAGCUGAAAUCUCUUACAUAAACUCAUGCCUUGGUUUGAAGUUGAGUCCCCAUGAGAUAAGCAAUUUGUUGAGGAAAAUGUCACUAACUGCAAAAUUGUCAUCCUCAGACAAUAAGCUAUUAGAUGUCGAAAUUCCAAUCACAAGACCUGACAUAUUACAUCAAUGUGAUAUUAUGGAGGAUGCAGCAAUUGGGUAUGGUUAUGACAACUUAACGAAGACAAAGCCGAAGUCCGAAUCACUCAUCGCAGCUCCAUUACCUGUUAAUAAAAUUGGGGAUAUAAUAAGACUCGCUACUUCACAGUCAGGGUAUUUGGAAGUUCUACCAUUAACAUUGUGUUCUCACGAUGAGAAUUUCAAGUUUUUGAGAAAGAGUGAUGACGGAACAACAGCAGUUAAGUUAGAGAAUCCAAAGACAGCAGAAUAUCAAGUUGUGAGAACCUCUUUGUUACCGGGUAUUUUGAAAACUAUCAGAGAAAAUAGAAAGCACUCUUUGCCAAUCAAGGUCUUUGAAUGUGGGGACAUCGUAUUGAAGAACUCCAAGCUAGAGCGUGGAGCAUUUAAUCAAAGAAACUGGACUGCUGUCUAUGCUGGUAAGACUGCUGGUUUUGAAUUGGUCCAAGGUUUGCUUGGAAAAAUAAUGCAGACAAUGAGAACAAAAUGGCUUGAGAAUCCUCAAGAAGAAACUGGAAGGGGGUAUUGGAUUGAAGAAGACAAAGAAAACCCUACAUUUUUCCCAGGAAGAGGUGCAAAAGUAUUUUUUAGAGAGAAAGAAGGCAAAGAGGCACAAAAUAUUGGCUGCCUUGGUGUUAUACAUCCAGAGGUUUUGAACUUCUUUGAGAUACCUUAUGCGGCCUCCUCUGUAGAAAUCAAUGCCGAGGUAUUUUUGUGA